AUGGCCAUUGGCAGUAGUCGUUUUGAAGGCGGUUGUAAAAAGGCUAGAAGCUUCACAUUACAGCUCCUAGCGGGGCGGUUCUUCAUGGCAUUUACAACUAUCAUAAUCCUCUCCUUCAUUGGUACCUCCUAUAUAUUUGGUCUAUACUCGGGUGAAAUCAAAACUACACUUGGGUAUGAUCAAGCCACCCUUAAUCUCCUUAGUUUCUUCAAAGACCUUGGUGCUAAUGUUAGUGUCCACACCGGUCUCAUCAUGGAGGUGGCCCCACCAUGGGUGAUCCUCUCACUUGGUGCCGUGGUUAACUUUUUUGGCUACUUCAUGAUCUGGCUAUCGGUCACUCACAAGAUCUUCCGCCCUCCGGUUUGGCUAAUGUGUCUAUACAUCACUAUUGGGGCUAACUCCUUAGGGUUUGCCAACACCGGCGCUAUAGUACCUUGUAUCAAGAAUUUCCCUGAGAAUCGAGGUGUUGUGAUCGGGAUUUUGAAGUCAUAUAUUGGUUUAGGUGGGGCUGUUAUGGCUCAAUUAUACCAUGCACUUUACGGUAAUGAUACCACAGCUGAUGGGGUGAUCUUACUCAUCGCUUGGCUACCCGCACUAAUUUUGUUGCUCUUUGCAUUUAGUGUUCGAGUCCUUAAGUUUGCUGGUCAUAGACAAAUCAAAAGAGAGAAGAAAUUUUUUAAUGGCAUCCUUUACAUCUCUCUAGCCCUCGCGGGGUUCAUCUUGGUUAUGAUCAUAGUGCAAAAACAAGUCGAGUUCAGCAAAACAGGUUAUGGUAUGAGUUGUGUUGUCAUCAUGCUUCUCCUCGUACUCCCUAUCUCCCUAGUCUUUAGAGAAGAGUUAUAUAAUUCUUCAAAAGCUAUGCUCGAAAUGAAUAGUAAUACUCGAGCUCCCUCCAAUACUCUAUCUGAGGUAAAAGUCACUAAUAGUAAUAGCGAUGUAGACCAUACAAAAAAAGUGUCAUGUUUCCAAGAUGUAUUUAGCCCUCCGGUUCUGGGGGAAGACCACACCAUCUUACAGGCCACGUUUAGUAUCGAAAUGAUGAUAUUGUUCCUUGCUACAAUGUGUGGCAUAGGAGGGAACCUAACCACAAUAGACAAUUUAGGCCAAAUUGGUACAUCAUUAGGGUACCCUAAAAAAACCCUUAGCACUUUUGUGUCCUUAAUUGGUAUAUGGCAAUAUUUAGGGCGUGUGUUAGGAGGACUCAUCUCGGAGCACUUGUUAAAAUACAAGUGGCCUAGGCCUGCUUGUCUCACUGUCAUCCUCUUUACCUCGUGCAUUGCUCAUCUUCUCAUAGCCUUCAACGCGCCAUAUGGCCUCUAUAUAGCAUCGGUUGUCAUGGCAUUUUGCUUUGGUGCUGAGGUGACCUACCUCUACUCUAUCAUAUCUGAGCUCUUUGGGCUCAAGCACUAUGCUACGUUGUACAAUUACGGCUCAUUGGCUGGUCCAUUAGGGUCGUACAUUUUUAGUGUGAGAGUCGCGGGGCAUUUGUAUGACAAGGAGGGAUUGAGACAACUCAAGGUGUUAGAGCCAACGAGGAAGCAUGGGGAGGAGUUGAAGUGCAGAGGAGUCAAGUGCUACCAGUUGGCCUACAUUAUAAUUGCGGCAGCUACGUUCUUCACCGCCCUUGUGUCUUUGAUUCUUGUUGCUAGAACAAGGAAGUUUUACAAGGGGGAUAUUUACAAGAAGUUCCAAGAAGAUGAGAAUAAUGUGACAUUAAGAGUGGGUUCUGGCAGGAAGGAAGAAGAGAUCAAUUAAUUUAUUUUACUGUAGUUGAUUUUUCAUUUGUUUGUAUACUUGCUAUAAUAUACUUCGUAUAUUUGUGUAUCGAUUGGAUAAAUAUAGUAAUUGUACGG